AGGCACGCCAAGUCGGCGAGACAGAGAGAUCCCCGGCUCCAUCUCACCACACACCACCACCGCAUGUGUGCGUGGAGGAAUCAGACACCGGAAUCUGGAUACGUGGCUCCGCUCCGCUCCGCCGGCUUCCAGCCUUGUGCACUUCCUCUCCCCAUCUCCCAGAGUGAGAGCGGCAGGCAUCCCGACCCAUCGGAAUCCAUCCAUCCGCGGCGCCGGCGACCUCAGAGCGACAGACGGCGAGCACACCGCCACCGCCGCCGCAGCGGGUAAAGAUCUUGCGACGCGCCGUGUACACAGGUCGGUAGAGCUGGACCUCGAGGCGGACGGAUAGGUAGAGAGGCGGAACGGAAGCUUGGAGAGGGGACUGGACUGGAGGGGCGGGCGGUUCCUGCCUUUCUUGCUCCCACCCACCCACUGCUGCGCCUCUCUUCCCGUCCGGCCGGGGAGGCGGCGCCCCCGCCCCUGUCUUGCCUCCGGCGCUUGAUUCUUCCGGCCGUGUGCGGUUCUACUGACGGAUCACCGCAAUUAGGAAAUCGACUGGUGUGAUCUCUCCCUCCGUCGGCAACCAAGGGAGGGAGGAAAUUUUCUUCUUUUGGGGGGCUCAGUAACUCUAUUAUGGUAUCGAAUUUCGCAGGAGAAGAUCGAGUGACAGGCUGAUAAAAAACCUGUUCUGAAUCUGGUGGCAGGGUCUGACCGAUCGCUGCAGCAUUGUUACCACCAGCCAUGCUCAUGCUCAUGGACACCACCGACCCGAGCUACUGGCUCAACUGGAAGUUCCUGCUCUGCGCCACCUGGGUCUACUCAUGCAUGGCGCUGGCCUGCUACCUGAUCUGGAAGUACGAGGGGCCCAGUUCGCCGGCCGGCAAUGGCGACCGAGUCGACGCAGAGGAAGCGCAGCCCAGGGUCGGACCGGGAGUCGUGUAUCUUGAGGACUGCUGGAAGCCCUGCCUUAAGCAGAUCCAUCCUGGAUGGCUGCUGGCGUUUCGCCUCGUGUCAUUCUUCACUAUGGCUUCCAUACUUACCUAUGAUGUUGUUGUCGACGGAUGGACCGUCUUCCUGUACUACACCCAGUGGACGUUCUUGCUUGUCACCUUGUAUUUUGGGCUUGGCUCGGUGCUUUCAAUUUAUGGAUGCUAUCAGCAUGCUUACAAGACGAGUGGGGGUGGAUCUGAUGCAGAUCAUGGCUCAUAUAUCAUUGUUCCAGCAGGGGAAAGCGGAUAUGACAAUGGCACUAAGACUUCUUGUUUCAGUAGAACACAUGAUGGCCGGGAAAUUGCAGGAUUUUGGGGUUACCUGUUCCAAAUCAUGUUCCAGACAAAUGCAGGUGCUGUGAUGAUUACUGAUCUGGUGUUUUGGUUCAUCCUCUACCCUUUCCUUGCCCGCAAUCAAUAUGAUAUGAAUUUUUUGCUGAUUGGAACACAUUCAAUCAAUGCUGUCUUCAUAAUUGGUGACACCGCUCUUAAUAGCUUGCGUUUCCCGUGGUUUAGAAUAGCAUAUUUCAUGAUGUGGACAGGCAUAUUUGUUACUGCUCAGUGGAUCAUCCAUGCCAAUGUGUCGAUUUGGUGGCCUUACCCGUUUCUGGACUUGACAUACCCUGGAGCACCUAUAUGGUACUUGGUGGUAGCGUUGCUGCACUUGCCUUGCUACGGUCUAUUCGCCCUUGUUCUGAGGCUCAAACAAUCCCUGCUGCAAAGGUGCUUCUGUAACAGCUACACGUAGACAAGAAGAUACACAUAUACAUACUGCUACAAUUUAUUCCCAUUUUUUCCUUGUCCUGAAAACUACACGGAGCUGCUGGGACAUACUUAGCUACAUUCUUCAGAGUUAGGUGCCUGUAAUUCCUUGUACUCAGAAAGCACGAGCUCUUUACGAGUCUCUUUCUUCAAAGCGGGUGUGUAAAUUGAGUAAUUGACACGGCAUAUGUCCCCCCAAAAUUUUGAGAUUCAUAGCUUCUUUGAACCA